UAAAAUGUAUACCUAAUUCACCAACAUGGGUAAUUUUAACAACAUCUUGGAUUAAAAGUGGUAUCUUUGUAAUGAUUUUUUGUGUGACCUUGGUUUUGAAAGUGUAACUGGUAUCAUUCUUUCCAGAAUCAAGUUGCUGGAGAUGGAGAACCCCAAGCCAGUGAACCCAGAGCUCUCUUCAUUACACAUCACUGGAAUCUUGGAUAUGCUGAACAACUUCCGAGUUGAUAUUACUCUGUGUCUUGAAAGAGCCAACUGCCACAUCUUCCUGUAUGGAGAGUUGAGAAGCGUGAAUGUUGGAUGCAAUCCACAACGUUCCUCCUUGAUCAUUCCAACAUCAGAAUGCUUUCUUGCCUGGGGUACUCAGACUUUUGCCACUGGCAGAUAUUACUGGGAGGUGGAAGUGGGAGACUCUUGGAACUGGGCUUUGGGAGUCUGUAAUGAUUAUUGGAAAAAGAACAGAAAUUACAAGAUGGAUGAGGUGGAGGGGCUCUUCCUUCUUGGAUGUGUUAAGGAGGGUUCCCAUUGCACUCUCUUUACCACCUCCCCACUUGUACUUCAAUAUGUACCAAGGCCCAUUGGCCGAAUAGGAGUAUUCCUGGAUUAUGAAGGUAGAGCGGUGAGCUUCAUUAAUGUUGCUCAAAGUUCACUGAUACACAGUAUUCUUUCCUGUUCCUUUUCUCCCCAUGUCAAUCCUGUUUUCUGCUGUAGUCACAUCUGACCAGACAUAGAUAAGGACUAUGCCCC